UGUUUCGCUUGCGCGCCUGUGCUCGGUCACUUCAUCAGCUGUGUUGACUUUCUGUGAUGCUUCUCGUUGUUUUCACUGGUGUGAUCGUUUAUCGUGAUUGCAACUGGUACGAUGGGCGGUCUAUGACCAACUAGAAGUUGUAGGAUGGAGAAAUAAGAUUUGACUCGGCACACCGCCUGAGUGGACGAAGGGCUCCAAAGGUCUUUCGCGCGCACAUGCGCGAUGGGCAAUCAACUUGCGGGCAUCGCCCCGUCGCAGAUCUACCCUGUAGAACACUACCUGACCGAGUUACCGGACUUCACUUUCGAGAAAAAUUUGGGUAGCACAAGAUUCUUCAAAGUCGCCCGUGUGAAAAGCAAAGAGGGUCUCGCCAUUGUGAAGGUCUUUGCAAUUCAUGACCCUUCGCUGCCACUCGCUCCUCACAAGGAGACGCUUGAAAGGAUACGGCGAGUUUUGUCAGAUGUUCCAAAUGCACUCCCUUUUCAAAAAGUUGUUGAAACGGACAAGGCUGGCUUACUGGUUCGUCAGUUUAUCAAAGAUAACCUCUAUGAUCGCAUCAGCACGCGGCCAUUCCUGAAUUCCAUUGAGAAGCGUUGGAUUGCAUUCCAACUUCUUCAUGCUCUUGCUGAAGCUCACAAACGUGGGAUAUGCCACGGGGACAUAAAGCUAGAAAACAUCAUGGUAACUGGCUGGUAUUGGGUCCUUCUGACAGACUUUGCCAGCUUCAAGCCUACAUACCUGCCGGAAGACAAUCCAGCAGAUUUUUCAUACUUCUUUGACACAUCUCGGAGAAGGACAUGCAACAUUGCACCUGAGCGCUUUGUAAAGACCCUCAACCCUGACUCGAGCCAUUACUUGCCCGAGGAAGGCAUCGGUACUGGCGAACUGACUCCAGCCAUGGACAUCUUCUCACUCGGUUGCGUCCUAACUGAGCUGUUCACUGAGGGACAUCCUCCCUUCUACUUCUCCCAGCUGCUUUCAUAUCGAAGCGGGGAGUACAGCCCAGCAAAAAUACUGGAGAAGAUUGAUGACGUCGAUCUUCGGGAGAUGAUCCAGCACAUGCUGCAGAAGGAUCCGACCUUGCGGCUAUCAGCCGAGCAGUACUUGGACCAGCAGAGGGACCGAGUGUUUCCGCAGUAUUUCUACACAUUCCUAGGGGACUACAUCAAGGAGUUUGCCACGCUUGCCCUGUCACCAGAUGAGAAAGUUGCCAGGCUCCGGGUAGACAUCCAUGCCAUCCUGUACUCGCUCGUGCUGCCAAAAGGGGGACAGUCCAGCGGAACUUCGGUCGGCUGCGAGGGUGACCACGUUCCACCAUCCACCUUGUCGCCGCUCCCGGCUGGAUCCGACGGUCUCUGCAUUGUGGUGGCCGUUCUCACUUCUUGCCUACGUAGCCUCAAGCACUGCUCAGCAAAGCUCCAGGCACUCGAGCUCAUCCGUGAGCUCUGCCCAAGACUGAGCAGUGACAUAAUCCUUGACCGGCUGCUUCCGUACAUGCUGUACCUCAUCAAUGACAAGUACCCGCGAGUGCGGGCUGCAGCUGUGGAAACGCUCACAACCUGCCUGACACCGAUUGACACCUUGCCAAGGAGUGAUGCGAAUGUGUUUCCGGAGUACAUCCUGCCAAACUUGAUGCAUGUCACAUUGGACAGCGCUGUGAUUGUGCGAAUGGCACUUGCAGAAAACAUUGCGCUCUUGGCUGAAACUGCGCUCAGGUUUCUGGACAUGAGCACUCAGCACGAGGUGUCUUCUCCGGAUGGCACAAAUGUCGAGCCAACUGUGCAGGCUCAACAUCACCACCAGGGCUCAUAUGAUUCUGAGCUCCAAGCCCUUCAGCAAAUGGUUCAGCAGAUGGUGUCGACUCUGCUGAGUGAUUCCAACAACAUAGUCAAGCAGAUGCUGCUGGAAAAAGGCAUCACACGGCUGUGCUUGUUCUUUGGCCGGCAAAAAGCGAAUGAUGUCCUGCUGUCUCACAUGAUCACAUUUUUGAAUGACAAGGAGGACCGACAUUUAAGAGCUUCAUUCUUCGACAGUAUUGUUGGCGUUGCAGCUUAUGUUGGAUGGCAGUGCUCGCCUAUUUUGAAACCCCUCUUGCAACAGGGCCUUGCAGACACAGAGGAGUUUAUCAUCAGCAAAGCACUCAAGGCUCUCACUGAGCUUGCUGAGAUGGGACUCUUCAGGAAGCAAAUGCUCUACGAGCUCACGGCCGAGACCAUUCCCCUUCUCUACCAUCCUAACCUCUGGAUCCGACAGAACACGGUUGGCUUUGUAUGUGCGGUCACCAAGACCUUGUCACUCGCUGACACCCAAUGCAAGCUGAGGCCCAUGCUUCAACCAUACCUCAAGCGUCCAGUCGUUGAAAUGGAUAAAGAGGUGGCCAUGUUAAAUGCUCUGCAAGAUCCACUCCCACGGAGCCUUUACGACUAUGUGGUGAAGUUAGACGCUCUGUCUUAUCUCUUAGAAGACCUGCGCCGUAGGCAAGUCAUGCGAUCCAUAGUGCGAGCGAAGCACCAACCACCCUACGCUGAUGUGGACCACCAGCUCAAGUCGGUUUACAGGAGGCUCCAGUCAGAUGGUGUGACAGAGGCCAUGGAAGACAAGAUUGUGGCAAUGAAAGAGCACCUGACCAAGAUACACAAAUAUAAGAGAAGCGCUUCAGAGUCUGAAAAUGUGGACACAAAGCUCCGAGGCGGUGAGAUCGACCUGGAGAAACUCUACAUGUCAAACAGAUGCCGUAGCACAGACCUUCUCACGCUCAAAAUUGGUGAUGAGUCUUCACAGGCUCUCUUGCAUAGCAGAUCAUACAGAAAGAAGGGACCACCUGUUGAAUCUCCCCAGGUCACCAUGAACGAAGACUGGCAACGGAUGUUUGGCAAGGUUGAACUGCGAGAGCAGUCCCCCCCGAAGCAGCAGCCACAGCCGCCACCACCGCAGCGGCAUUCACCAGCCGGAGACGGUGACCCAAAUAUGGAGCUGCAUGUUUCUGGAGCUGAGUCGGCCGAUUCUGCAGCCCCGUCUGCGAACGCCUCUCCUAAGCAGCCACAAAAAAACUUCACUGGAAUCACCAUAGACACAGCCACAGUCCACUGCCUGUCGUGCCACGCCGAGUUGCAGCUCCUGCUGAACAAGAAGCGAACAGAGUUUGCCCGGGAGCAGACAGUGAGGGAGACCAUUGACGACCCCUCACGAGAGGAGCGGCCCCUGCCACCAAAGUGGAGGCCUCGCGGCACCCUGGUCGCCCACAUGCACGAACACAAGGGCGCCAUUCACAGGCUGCAGGUGAUCCCGAACACGAGCCUGUUUGCCACAUGCUCGGCCGACGGUCUGGUCAAAAUCUGGGACUGGGGCCGCAUGGAGAAGAAGGCCAUUGCCAACAGGUCCCGCCAGACUUAUGCCAGGAUGGAUGGACAGGUCACAUGCAUGACAGUGUGUCAAAGCAUGCAAUCCUUGGCUGUUGCUUCCGAUGCAGGAACCAUACAAGUGUUCAGAGUGGAGGUCAACAGCAAUAAAACAAGCCCACUGAAGACCCGCUCUUUAGACCCACAUGAGGAUGGCUGUGUUGUGGACCUUCAGCAUUUUGACACAGGAUUGCAAUCCGUACUUGUCUACGCCACUGUGUAUGGCUCGAUCAUAGGUUGGGAUCUGCGGUCACCUAGCACUGCAUGGUGCUUUGAGAACAACCCCAGGCACGGUGUGAUUACGUCAUUCUGCAUUGACCCUCAGCACAACUGGCUUGUGUGUGGCACCUCCGAGGGAAAGCUCAUUUGCUGGGACAUGAGAUUCCAGCUGCCAAGCACCACUGUCAGCCACCCUGCCGGUGUUCGUGUCCGUCGAGUGAGCAUUGACCCACUGCACCAGUCUUGUGUUUGGGCUGCCGUCGAGGGAAACAACGAAGUGUCGCUCUGGGAUCUGGAGACGCAAGCUCGGUUGCGCACGCUCUGGGCAAGCACCUCUCCACCCCUCAGCGAAAAACAGGCAUCUUCGUCUGCAUCUGUGCACUCGGUGUACAGCAUGUACAUCAGCCCCUUGGAAUGCGGGCCGUUUAUGCUCACGGCCGGCUCCGACAUGCGCAUCCGCCUCUGGGACAUCAACAACCCACUGGCGUCGCACGUCGUGGCUGGUUCGGCCACAGACACCCUGACGCCAUCUUUCAGCUACAAGUCGAGUCUCAUAGAUGGGACAAAGGUGAUACAGGAGGUGUACAGCAGCCGUCCGAGAAAGGAUCAACCCAGCUCGGAGCAACCGAAGCGCUACCCUGAACAGCCACCGACUGGCCACAACGACUGCAUCAGUGACAUUGGCAUUGUACAGACCAGCCAAACCUUUAUAGUAUCGACAUCCAAGAACGGUGUUGUCAAAGUCUGGAAGUAACUGCUUCGUGGCACAUUAGGCAAUGGAAGGACUUUCCCUCUGUGCUUGUGUGUGUGCAUGUGUGAAACUUGAGUGCGAAUGGAUAAGCUGCUGUUAUGGCACACAGGAUGUUCCACCUGCUCGCUUGUGUUGUAGUACGUUGUUCCGAUGCAUUUUUGUUUAAGUUAUUCACUGUUUGUUGCAGAAGCAUGCGUGUGCACUGAAGACUGUGUUUGCAGAAAGUUAAGCACGUACUGAUAUGGGUUUCAGUUUUAGAGAAGUCAUGUGCCUGAGGCAGUGUGUGUUGGAAAGACAUAAUACCUGUGUCAUGUGGGAAAAUUCAAUGGCGUUAAGUGCCUAAUGACUUAAAUGCAAAUGUCAUUUGUGUGCUGCUACGUUGGUGAAUAUUUUUUAUGAAAGCGUGUGUCAUUGGCAGUGUACUGAAUUAAGACAUCUUUGCACAUCACCAAACAUAUGCUGAGCAAAUUGCUCAAAUGACUGAAAACAAAUGUGUAGCAGUAUCAUUGUAGCUAUUUGUAGGUAUGGUUCUAGACACUCAUAGAACACUUUUGACAAAGCAAGCUCUGCUUGAAGCAUGCAAGUGAUGUACAUUUAACUAAAGCAGAGCGUUGCAUUUUGAAAGUCGUGAUUGUAAACUUUGUCACAUUGUUUAACAACAUUUAAAUGUGCACAGCAGCACUAAUUGAGCAACAUCCAAACCUAGACAUUUAAUGCCAUUAUCGUUGCCUGUACGACACACAAACGUAAGAAAUGAAAAACUUGCUGUGUACGUUUACGGUUCUGCAAGUUAGUACCACAAUAGUAUUCCACAAAUCACGUUUCUUGUACAGAUAGACCUUCAUUUCUAGUUUCAAACCUGAAAUAUUGUAUAUAUUAUACUUUAAACUGCCUUGAAACAGAGCAUUGAUAUAAUUGAGAGUAUUCUAGCCCCAAAAAAAAGUUAUUUAAUGCAUGAAAGGUUCCUCUGUAUGCAUCAAUCUGCCUAUGAUGUCUUCCUUGCUUUGCCUUCUGUACUUGCCCUUCAAAUGAAGCCACGCUAUUACAGCCAUAUUGCAAAUUGUGUAUUGAAGGGAAAAAAAAAGAACAAGCAAAGUGACCUACACGGAAUCAUGUCAUUUAAAAUGCCUUUAUUGUACUUCGGCUUCCCCAAACACUUCUUUUUUUAAACACUUACUUUCUCAGUAGCACUAAUGACAUCAUCAUGCACAUGGUGCUUUCUAUACGGUCUCCAUGUAAUCAUAUAAACUUGUGACAUUAAAAGAAACAUUUGUUCCCACA